AUGUUUAACAGAAGAAAACACUAGUAUGAGUAAAGAAGUAAGAAAGAGGAGAACUCAUAUGAGAGCAGGACCCUUCUGAAUGUAAUUAGCUGCCACAGGAGAUGAAGGCCACUCUCCCGCUGUGUUUGCUGGUGGUUGCACUUCACCCCGCUGUCCACAGCCUGCCACAGGCCAGCCACUAUGAAGGCAAGCACAAGGAGACUCACCCCCAGGAGCAGCAUCCCUGUGGGGAAGAUCCCGGUGGAUCCUGCUGCAGGAUAGUCCCCAGCAACACUGACUUUGCUUUCAGGUUUUACAGGCAAGCAAGCACAGAGGACCCCGACAGGAAUAUUUUCUUCUCUCCGGUCAGCAUCUCUGCUGGCUUUGCCCUCCUGGCCCUGGGCUCCAGAGCUGCUACCCAAGCACAGGUGCUGGAAGGGCUCGCUUUUAACCUCACCGAGAUCCAGGAGGAGGAGAUACACAAUGGCUUUCAUCAUCUCCUCCUCGAGCUGAACCACCCUGGCAGUCAGAUACAGUUGAAUAUGGGGAACGCCCUGUUCAUGGGCGAGCACCUCACACCACUGAAAACGUUUUUGAAGGACAGCAAAAAGCUGUAUAUGGCAAAAGUUAUUUCUAGUAACUUUCAGAAUUCUACUGAAGCUAAAAGUGAGAUCAAUAACUAUGUAAAGAACAAAACCCAUGGGAAGAUAAACCGAAUAGUCAAAAACCUUGCUCCAGACACUUUAAUGGUUCUUGUUAACUACAUUUAUUUCAAAGCUUACUGGGAAAAUCCUUUCAAUAUUAAGGGGACCCGUAAGGAUUAUUUCUAUGUGAAUGAGAAGACUUCAGUCGAAGUGGAGAUGAUGAAUCGAGAUGGAUUUUAUAAAAACUACUUUGACAGAAAGUUUUCUUGUGAGGUGGUACAGAUUCCUUACACAGGAGAUGUGAUGGCAUUAUUUGUCCUACCCAGCAAAGGAAAAAUGAAACGAUUGGAAGAUGCUCUUACAAAAGACACUGUGUCUAAAUGGGAAAAAUCACUUGAAAGACGGAGGAUAGAAGUGCAUGUUCCAAAACUAUCUAUUCAUGGCACCUAUGACUUAAAGAAGAUGUUCAUGAAUCUGGGUGUAACUGAUGUGUUUUCUGAUCAUGCUGAUCUAUCUGGAAUCACAGGAGAGCCAGAUGUAAAGGUUUCAAAAGCCACUCACAAGGCAUUGCUGAAUAUCCACGAGAAUGGCACAGAAGCUGCAGGAGGCACUUACACAGAAUUAGUUCCUCAUUCUGUUCCUCCUGUUGUUAAAUUCAAUCGUCCAUUUUUGCUGUUAAUUAUUGAUCAAUACACUCGUAGCAUCCUCUUCAUGGGAAAAAUUGUAAAUCCUACUGAAAAAUGACUGGUCUUGAAAAAAAAUGCAUUCUUCAUGCAAUUUUAUUUCUAUGUGAUUAAAAUUAUAUCAAAGUUGUUACUAGCAGUUUUCUAGUUCUGAAGAAAUGAGGUAAGUAUGCAAUCGUUCUUGAAAACUGUAUUUCCUCCCCCGCUUCACCAGAAAGUAACCUUUGAGCUAUGCCUACUAGUGAAUUAUGGAUGGACUUAGAAUCAGGCUUUUAGUGACCAAUGCAUGCUGUCUUUGAAAAAUAAGGUAAAUAUCCAUCCUGAAGAAGGCAAGUUGAAAUAUUUUAAGUAAUAUGUAUUACCGUUCAAAGUACAAAUGCAGUUCACCCAGAGAUAUCUCGGGUUUCUUCCACCUGGACAUCAGUGAAGGAGAAAGGUCACUCUGUAUUUCCAUGAGAAGAUGAUUGUCCUCUCACUCUGAGGAUGUCUGUGCCAAUUUGACUGUUCUGAUCCAGUGUCAUGGACCCAGGGUGAUCCAGAGUGGUACCAAAAUCUAGCCACAAGCACAUAGGAGGACAUAGAGCAGCAAGGAAAGCAGCUGCCUAUUGACAGGAAUACAGUAACUCUGAGUGUGGUGCCAGCCUCAUUUCUUCUCUCUUCUGUCCUUUGGCUUCAACAGAAUUGCUCCUGACCCAGUGGUUACACCAGUCAAUGUCAAGACCCUACAAUUUCAGCAGAGUCACAUUCUUCAUUAAAACAGAGGAGGACGUUAUAACAUGCACAUGGUUGUAUUAGAGAGAUUCACUAUAGGUGUAGCAUAGAUCGGGGAGGGGGGAAAAAAAGCUAACCCUUUUCAGUGUUGUAUGUCAUUCAUUUUAAUGCCAAAUAGAGUUGAAUGACAAGGAACUUAUUUUUUCAGGAUCAGGAAUCUGAGUUUGUAGGAUCUUGAUUUGUAGGGCAUGUAUUUAGUAACUGGGGAGAAGCUGCUCUGUAGAGCCUGACCUGUUCAAAGCAAUAAUUACCCUCUCACAUCAAUCUCUGACGUUAGAUCAUUUGCCUUGAAUAAAGAAAACUUAUGUUGAGAUCCGUCCUUUGCCGAUAUGGGGAAAAAUCCCAUACUUAAAAUAUCCUAAAAUCCGUAUAGAUCAGGCUCAUACUUUGAAAGAUC